CAGUUAAUUCAAGUAGGAAAGCACGGCCGGUGUGUGUUCCAGGGUGAAUGUGUGCGGUCUCCGGUUGUUAUUGAGCUGCUUUUCGGGAACUACUUGUUUAAGGAAUAACCCGGAUCCUGAGCCGACCCGGACCGGUCGGUAAAAGCGGUCGAAAAGCUGAGUUUUAGCCUCAUGCUUCGGGAUGUUUUCCGGCCUGUAACGGGAAGCAGAAGGUUUAGGCGCCAGAAUCGUAGCUUCACUGAGACCGACAACUCACUAAACACGGCUGUAAAUAAAACUUGAAUGGAUUUGGACUCUGGACGAAACGAAUCAGGAGCGAUGGGAGAAUCGAUGCAGCCGGCUACACCGAGUCGCCACGAGAAAAGCCUCGGAUUAUUAACCACCAAGUUUGUCACCCUGCUACAAGAAGCCAAGGAUGGAGUGCUGGACCUCAAAGCUGCUGCAGAUACGCUGGCCGUACGGCAGAAGCGGCGGAUAUACGACAUCACUAAUGUUCUCGAGGGCAUCGGGCUAAUCGAGAAGAAAUCAAAGAACAGCAUUCAGUGGAAAGGUGUAGGUCCUGGCUGCAACACACGAGAGAUUGCAGAUAAGCUGAUAGACCUGAAGCUGGAGCUGGAAGAUCUGGACAGAAGAGAACAUGAGCUGGACCAGCAGAGAGUCUGGGUGCAGCAGAGCAUCAAAAACGUGACUGAUGACUCACAGAACAGCCCUCUGGCCUACGUGACGCAUCAAGACCUCUGUAACUGCUUUAAAGGUGACACUCUGCUCGCGAUCCGAGCACCUUCAGGCACACAGCUAGAAGUGCCAAUGCCGGAGUCUGUUGUAAACGGGCAAAAGAAGUACCAGAUCCACUUGAAAAGUUCCUCAGGCCCAAUCGAUGUUCUCCUGGUGAAUAAGGACCCAGCCAGCUCCUCUCCGGUCGUGUUACCUGUUCCCCCUCCGGAAGACCUGCUCCAGAGUCUCCCAGCUUCCUCAGCUUCUGCACCAUCUGCUCCCGUCACUGCCCUCACCACCAAGCAUGCAGGCAACAGUACGACGAGUCCAGCUGUUAAUAACCAGAGGCCCGCGAACACAACUGCUGCUCCCGCUACAGAAGCCCCCAGCGCUGCCCCCUUAGACACAUCGGCCAAUCAGAAUUCAGCAGAGGUCAGCCAGCAACUUCAGUCCUCAGCCUCAUUGGACAGCAGCUCGUCGCUUCCCGAGUCCUCAGCUGUUUUUGAACCAAUCAAAGCCGACCCUUCAGAGUUGCUAGAUCUCCCCAAAGAACUUUCAGAAAUGUUUGAUCCUACUAAAGAAAUCAUGAGUGCAGAUCUCCUGGAAGAGCUCAUGUCAUCAGAAGUUUUCUCUCCACUCCUCCGCCUCUCACCACCUCCCGGCGACCACGACUACAUCUAUAACCUGGACGAGACCGAGGGCCUGUGCGACCUUUUUGACGUCCCUAUUGCCAACCUUUGACCUCCGCAUGCACGUGAUGAGAUUAGUGCACCUGUAUUUAACAAACGAAGGCCACCUUUUUAUUUAAAAGGUUUGGCUGUGUUUUGGAUCCAUGUGAAAUAAGCUGAUUUUAUGUCUGUAUGUAUGUGUAUAUAGAGUUGAAUGGCUUUUUUUUUUUUUAAAUGUCUUUUCAUUUAUUUUUUUUUAUAAUCUACUUUUACCCAAAGCAGCGAUCUACUGAAAAGUGGCACAGAACGUUCCCCUGCCCAACAGGAAGCGUCAGUGAUGUUUUAUUUUAACAGCUGUGCUUUUAAACAUGUUUGAACCCAAUGAUGUGUGGAACUGGGUUCCGUACCCAGGAUUUGAAGGCAUUAUUUUGCUACGUUGAUAAAGUACACAAACAAGCACCAGCAGGAAUACCAGCUCUAGUCCCUGAUCUAUUUUAUUUUUAUUUUUUUUUAAAUAAACUGUCGCCCUGUUUUUAGCUAUUGGUUUAUAGAAGUGGGUGUAAAGUUGCUCGUUUACAGAUCAUUUGCUUUUACACAGCCGUUUUAAUCAUGUUCGUCUUUCAAGCUGUCUUUCAUAAUGGAGAUGUUUUAAGUAUGAGCGCUUGGCUGAGCACUACAGAAUAACUGAGAGGGGAAAAAAAGGUAGAUUUUCGGGUUUGGAUUCAAACGUCCCAGCAAAUUUAACAACGCAGUUUGUAAUAUUUAGAGCUGUGUCAGUCAGAGCUCGUUUCUGGACUUAAAAAGGAACAGAAGCCUUAAAGUGCCAUUCCACCAUUGGAUGUAUUUUUUUGGCAUAAAAUACAAUAUAUUUUAUGACAACAUGACUAGACAGAGAAAUCUUUUAGCUUCAAAAUGAUAUAUCAAACAUAAUUUUUUGACAACGACAAGUAUAUUAAUUUUGCGACCAAAGUCACCUACGCUUUUAAUUUCCGCGCGGUAGUGAAACGUGAUGUCAUCGGCAGGUUCCCCUUCUUGUGUACCACGUGUCGGUCUAUUUUUAGACCAGGAAACCCCCAAAGUGAGAGAGUCAUUUCUCCUCGUAUAUGGGAGCCAGAAAAAUUGAGUUAAUCUUUCAGUUAGCUAGAUUUAUUGGUAUUAUUUUUAUCGCGUUCUUUCCGCCAUUGCUGAUAUGUGCCACAUCACGUGGUACACAAGAAGGGGAACCUGCCGAUGACAUCACGUGCGGAAAUUAAAAGGGUAGGUGACUUUG